GAACAUGCAUCCUUCUCUCUACUUAGCUGCCCUUUGCCUGGGAAUAGCCUCAGCUGCUCCACAACUCGAUCAGAGCUUAGAUGCACGCUGGUCCCAGUGGAAGGCGGCCCACAAGAGACUAUACAACAAGGAUGAAGAAGGACGGAGGAGAACAGUGUGGGAGAUGAAUCUGAAAGUGAUUGAACAGCACAACCAGGAGCACAGCCAAGGGAAACACAGCUUCACGAUGGCAAUGAAUGACUUUGGUGACCUGACCAGUGAAGAAUUCCAACAGGUGUUGAGUGACCUUAAAAUCCAGAAGCAAGAGGAACAGAACGUGUUCCAAGCACCUCUCUUUGCAGAGAUCCCCUCAUCUGUGGACUGGAGAGAGAAAGGUUACGUGACCCCCGUGAAGGAACAGGGUCAGUGUCAAUCUUGUUGGGCUUUUAGUGCAGCUGGUGCCCUUGAAGGACAGAUGUUCCGGAAAACGGGCAAACUUGUGUCACUGAGCAAGCAGAACCUCGUAGACUGCUCUUGGUCUCAAGGCAAUGAGGGCUGCCGCGGUGGCAUGAUACAUUUUGCCUUCCAAUAUAUUAUGGACAACGGAGGCUUGGAAUCCGAGGAAUCCUACCCGUAUCUUGCAAGGAAUGGCUACUGCAGAUACAGGCCUGAGAAAUCUGCCGCCAAUAUGACUACCUUCUUGCACGUCUUAAGUGAGGAGGAUGGUCUUAUGACCGCAGUGGCAACUGUGGGGCCCGUCGCUGCUGCUGUAGACUCAAGCCCGUAUUCCUUCCAGUUCUAUAAAUCAGGCAUUUACUAUGAUCCAAGCUGCAGCAAUACACGCCUGAAUCACGGCGUUCUGGUGGUUGGCUAUGGCGUUGAAGGAGAAGAAUCGGAGGACAAAAAAUACUGGAUAGUCAAGAACAGCUGGGGUACAAACUGGGGCAUGGAGGGCUACAUGCUGUUGGCCAAGGACCGGGACAACCACUGUGGAAUCGCCUCCAUGGCCAGCUUUCCUGUCGUGUGAGAUGAGGGCGUACAGAAGGCUUGACUGGGAACCGAAUAUCGAGAAGAUGAAUUUUGUUCGAAAGCCGACCACUUCUUAUGAUAUGGAAUAAAAACACUUGAACCAUUGAAGACCCAAGCUGGGAUUUGACUGUGUGGAUUUUAUAUGAGGAAUGUUACCACUUCGCUCGUUACUGAUGUAAAAGCCUUUGUAUGACAGACU